AUUUGCCCACGAAUUUUCGAAAAAUAAACAAUACGCACUUUCAAAACAGCAAGCCCACCUAGGAAAAUAACCCUGAUUUGCCGAUCAAUAUGAUUAGGGGCGUUUGACGCAAAAAAGGCCGAACAGAUAGGUAAACUAAGGCAGUCAUAUUUUUUUAAUGGUAAUAUUUCAAGUUGAAGAUCUCAAAACUGGUGACGCGCAUUGGCGGACGCUCUGACAUUGGCGCUGAUUGUCCACCUGUCGAUGGAUCCCACUUUGAAAUACUCUCCGACAGCCAAACGCACAUGAACGGAAAAACAAAAAGAUCUCAAAGAUACGAUGACGUCUAACGAGGCAAUCGCAGAUUUAUCGAGUAAAUCAUAAACAUCAUUUGCCGUACUGGCAAGCCAGAUAAAUAGGGACAGAUCUCAUGCGGAACAAACGCAUUUGGAACUCGUCUUGUUAUCGUCAGGAGCAUGAUGAAGGAUUUUUUUCACAGAUGAAACUAAUGACUAUAAAAAAAAACGGGAUAAAAUAGAGGCAAGCGUCAGGGAAGUCAAAUUAAUACGUGUUUCUGAACAAGAGGAAAAUUAGGCUCGUAGUUGUGAUUUUUGACAAAAAAAUCGCCUUGAUUUCCCUGACUCGCUAAUUUGCGUGAAAGGCAGAAACAAUGAACAACUCUGACGGUAUGGUUUUAGAACAUCCGAGCUUCACAAGACCUCUAGCCCUGACAAGCGCUAUCUGUCUAUGUAUCCUAUCAGCCAUAACCAUCACAAGCAACAUUUUACUGCUCGUUGCCAUAUGGAAGGAUCCGCUAAAAUGCUUCAAAUCCGCCGCCACGUAUUACGUGGUUGGACUCAGUCUCGCGGACCUUUGCACUGGACUUAUAACGGAACCAUUCUUUGCAGCAGCCUACUUUAUCACUUUCCUUGAAGGCAAAGUCGUCUACAGCGGGGCGUUGGGAUUUGUGUAUCGCGCCGGCGUAGCAGUUUCUGGGGUGGCACUCAAGUAUUCGUUUCUUGUUAUUUUGGCGUUGUCUUGGACUCAGUUCGUGGCGAUCACUUGGCCUCAUAGCUACAAAAGAUUUGUAACCAAGCGCAAGGUUCUCUUUUUCAUGGUUGCGGUUUUCUUGUACUUGGUGCUGUUCACUUCAGUCCAACUGCUGAACAUUUUUAAGAUAAUGACAUUCCUCAUUGUAGACUUGACGCUAAACACUACCUUCCUGUGCGUUAAUUUAUUAGUAAUUUCUGUCCUCUUGAUCGUCGCGUAUCGUAAGCGCACCGUUUCCAGAGCAGCGACUUAUUCGCAAUCGACGACUCAGGGCAAAGCAAACGGUGGUGGCGCGCGCGAGAGAGCUAUAGACCACCAGUUCACUAUCGUUAGUAUCUAUUUGGCAGUGAUCCUCCUCCUCACCGCGCUCCCGCAUGUGAUCUUAGCCUACACCUACCUCUUCACCCAUUCCACCCUGACCGUGAAGCAGAACGAGCGAAUCCAAAUCGCGCUUCGCAUCUCCGAUAUUCUCUUGUUUAUUAAGGUCUGUCUUGAUCCCUUCGUCUACGCAUGGCGCUUGCCCGCCUAUAGGAAAACUCUGGCGACAAUGUUCUUAUCACGGAAUGGCCGAAGCGAACAGGAGCGAAUGGAGGGGAUGAGACUAACUGGACACGAUCAGCUAUCUUCGAGCCCCAAACAGAAAGCUCAAGCAACGUUACAAGCUUGAAUUAAACAGUAAACUGGAAGAACAGCGCAAUACUGACAAUAAUUGUAAUCGCCCUAGUGUAAAAGUCGUAUCUUUUCCGUUAGCGUAAAAUUCUCAUUAUUCUAAACGUCGUUUUGUUUGCUUAAAAGGACAUAAUCACAUUGAAUCCUUAUUGAAAGACAGAGGGACUGUAUCGGUAGACGUCCAUCUCCAGUGUAAAAAAGUCUUCUGGAUAGAAAUGUUUAUAACAAAUAUUUAAAAAAUAUUGUCGAAAAAGUUUUGUUUCUUAUUUAAUCGGCGUUUUUAACUCACAAUGUGUUGCAUUUUUUUUUCUUUAUUUUAAUCUUUUAAGUAAGAUGAACACUAAAACGCUUUUUCACCGUGAGAAUACGCGUUAUAACAAUAUAGGGGGCUUAAACAUGAAUAAGAUUCUUCCGCGUGGGUUCUAGUAGAAUGCUCAUAUGUUUAAUCUUCGAUGUUGGACUAUGACAUGUUUGCCAAAUGGCAGACAUAAAAAAUGUCAUUUAACCAUUUCAAUAACCAGCUAAAUGAAGAAACAGUUCAAGGAGAUUUACUGCCUUUGCCAUAAAAACUGAAUACUAAUAGGAUAGUCUUGUCGACAUCCGCAAUGUCAAAGAUAGAGUUUAGCAAAGAGAUUAUAAUCCAGGUUAUGUAAUAAGCAAUGAAUUAUUGAGAACCACCAAAA